AUGGCCAUGCAACAAUUGUACGGUGACUGGGAUGAGUCAUACAAUGAACUUCAGAGUUGGAUUUCAGCAAUGGUAAAGUAUGUCCCAGGAACUGUCGUGGACUUGCAAACGUUGCCUUAUAGAGGCUCUAAUGGAGAAUUAGAACUGGGAAAAAGAGUGUUUCGUCGACUGUUCUGGACUUUUGAUCUAUGUGUUAGGGCCUUUUCCCACUGCAAACCGAUACUUCUGAUUGUGGUUGCACAAGACGGUAAUGGAAAUGUACUACCAAUCACUUUUUCCAUCGUAGAGUCGGAGAACUCUGAAUCAUGGGCAUAUUUCAUUCGAAACUUACGGAGACAUGUUGUCAGGCAAGACAACAUUUGCAUUAUAUCUGACAGAUCGAAGAGCUUUGUUGCUGCAAUUCGGCAAUUGGAAGUUCCGUGGAGGUCUGUCUAUUGUAUUCGUCACAUCGCUUUGAACUUCCACGAUGAGUAUAAGAACAAAGACUGGCGCAAACGAAUUGUCAACAUGGGGUAUGAGCUGGAACCACACCAAUUUAGACAUAAGUUGGCGAGGUUAGAGACUAAUAUGGCUGGCUGCAAACCUUCUCUUACACAGUGGUUGAGUAGCAUGGAGCCGUGGCAAUGGGCUCAAUGUUUUGACGAGAGGUACCGUUAUGGCCAUAUGACAACUAACCUUGUUGAGGUCGUUAACUCCGUCUUAAGGCAGUAUAUCAGUCGUCGGGGAUCCCGCCACGGUCUUAUGGAGUUGAUCUCCGAAACAGGCGGUGUGAGUGCGAGAUGUUCCAAGCACUACGGUAACAGGCGGUGUGAGUGCAGGAUGUUCCAAGCACUACGGUACCCGUGUACACAUAUGAUUGCAGCUUGUGCUACCUAUAGUUUGAAUGCCGAACAAUAUAUCGAUGAUGUAUACACACUUGAACGUAUGUUGCGUAUUUGGGGUAACGAGUUGCCUGUAUUAAGGGAUAUAUCGACAUGGGAAGUGCAAUCGCCUGCAUUCGAGAUGUUGCCUGAUAUGUAA